AUGGCCGCCCCCCCAACCGCCCGUUUCCUCCUCUCCUCGCCGAAGUCCGUCAAAUCCGACAAUUCUCGCCGAACAAGCACCUCCGGGAAUAAGAUUCACCUCUCGGAAUCUCACGAGGAGAAAGAAAGGCGCAAUCUUCACACAAAGGCAGACCCGACCGUCGCCAUGAAUGAGUUGCAGCCCAAUGACAUUGCGCUCCAGAAGUCCAAUCUGAGCUCUCUGCGAGAUAUCCAACAUAAAGAUCAAUUUGGAAAUCUCAUCACCGAUCCCGACUGGUCAAACCCUACCCGAUCCCGAUCUGAGCGACCGCUAGACACCAUCCGAUCGUUCGAAGCCGCCAUCUAUGGCACAUACAACAGUACCCGACCGGUAUCAUACGCUCGGACAGGUUCGUUCACCUCCCAAUCCACAGACAAACCUCAAAACCCAGGCUCAUGUAUUCCAAUAGAAGACGCAGCCUCCCAAAUGGGCGACUACAGCCGACGAACAAGCUACUAUGGAGGACAAGGUGGAUACAACCGCGGAUACGAUCAAAGCAACUACCACAGCCGCAAUCAAUCACGACCCGACGAUCUCGCCGACGGCAAUCAAUACAACCAGCAAGAAAACUACUACCCCUACCAACAGCAGCAACAACAAAACGGCCGCCGACGGCCCCAUGUAUCAACCGACCAAACAAACUAUUACCAGAACAACAACUAUCACCAAUCCUACGACAACGUCACCGCAUCAGGCUCAGGUGGAUCCGCUCAAACAGAUCCAUACGGCCAGUCCACAGAUCCCAGCUCAAUGAAUAGCUCCGUGGACCAAUUGCAACAACACGCGUUAUUACAGCAACAGCAACAGCAGCGAAUGGACGACCGCGCACAGGAAUAUGGGUUCUCGUUCGGUAACGCGGCCCCGCUGAAUACUAAGGGUUUUCCGUCGGCGCCGCCGCCUGUCGCGAGCCCGACCAGUCCUGGCAGUGUGGCGCAGCAGCAUUUCGCUGCGCCGGCAAAUGGCGCGUUGAGGAAGAAGGCGCCUCAGACUGGAGCAGCGGGUGCUGGGGACAAGCGGAAGAGUUGGUUUAAGAGGCGGUUCAGUAAGGAUUAA